CCAGGUACCUGAUUACCCUUUUCCAACAUACACACAUAUAUAAUAAGCACUUGUGGGAUUUAAUCUCUGGUGCACUAAGUCGGCCACCCCCCACCAUCGGGAACAAAGUGAAAACGAUCUCUUCAAUACAUCAAAGACUUUAUCUAUAAUGGCACCUACUCAUCGCCGUGGACCUUGGGUCCCUGAAGAGGAUCAGUUGCUACUUCAGUUGGUUCGGGAACAAGGCCCCAACAACUGGGUGCGCAUUUCGCAGCACAUGCACUACCGGUCUCCCAAGCAAUGCCGGGAACGAUUCCACCAGAAUCUUAAGCCAUCUUUGAACCGCGAGCCUAUCUCCGCAGAUGAGGGUCUGAUGAUUGAGCGGAUGGUGAACGAAAUGGGCAAGCGGUGGGCCGAAAUUGCCCGACGACUCGGCAAUCGCAGCGACAACGCAGUGAAGAACUGGUGGAACGGCAGUAUGAACCGCAAGAGGAGAGGUCUCCCCACUUCGAGUACCACGCACAUCUCACGCACUUUCAAUGGUCGAAUUGAAGCCCCAUAUGCGCGCGCCUCCGUGUCUUUGGGCAGCCCAACCAGCCGGUCUCGCUUUACUUCUAUCUCGACCGAUAGACCUUUUACUUCCUGGUCGAGGCGGGACUCCACCUCGACCACUUCCCUUGAUGCCCCUCGCCAACUGACGCCUAUCUACACACUCCCCGCGCUCAACCGCCCGGUCGAGACGCCUUUGACCUCGCCUGCUUACUCGGACGCUUCUCAUACUCCCUCCCUGGAGCCACCAUCCAUGGUCUCAGACCAUAAUUCAGUUUCCUCCGCAUCCCCUAGGACCAUCGCAUCGCCGCAGCUCCUGCCAUUUCCCGUGGACACCCGCCAACAAUACGGCGACUUCCGCAAGCAGAGCUCAUUGGAUGAAGUCUACAUGUGGUCAACCCCGAAGAAGUCCGACACUUUUGCCGAUCUGCCCUUCAAGCCCAGAUGGGUUUCGGACAACCAGCCUUGGCACCAGCACUCAACCUCGUUGUCGCAGACCUGGCUCGUUGCCCCCGAAGAGUCUCAACCAGAGGCACCUAAAGCCGAAUCCCCACGUGAUUCGCGCAUGGGCCUCAGUAACCUGCUGAACUAAUGACGAUUCUUCGCCUUGGAAUGAUCGCACGACAUCUUUCGCAUACUAUUUUGCCUUAAUUUGCUUCAUUUCGGAUGAUAUCCUGGAAGCGUUUAUGUAUAUGCUUGACCGACCCCUUGUCACUCUUUUGAUAUUUUGGUUU